AUGGAGAUGAUCUCAUUCAACGUCGACCACGGCUUCCUCGAGGGUGUCGUCCGUGGCUACCGCACAUCGCUCCUCACCGCCAAUCACUACCAGUCCUUGACACAAUGCGAGACCCUCGACGACUUCAAGAUGCAGCUUCAGGCCACCGACUACGGCAACUUUCUCCAAAACGAGCCGAGCCCCAUCUCCACUUCCACCAUCGCCGAGAAGGCCACGCGUAAGCUCGUGGCAGAGUUUGAAUAUCUGCGCACCAAUGCAACUCAACCUUUGAGCAAGUUCUUGGACUACAUGACCUACGCCUACAUGAUCGACAAUGUCAUCCUACUCAUCACCGGCACACUCCAUGAGAGGGACACGCACGAGCUAUUGGAACGCUGCCAUCCACUUGGUGUCUUUGAUACGAUGCCCGCCCUGUGCGUCGCAUCUACCGUCGAAGAGCUCUACAACUCUGUCCUCGUCGAAACCCCACUAGCUCCUUACUUUAGGGAUUGCAUCUCUGCCUCCGAUCUCGACGACCUCAACAUCGAGAUCAUCAGAAAUACCCUGUACAAGGCCUACCUGGAAGACUUUUAUCAAUUCUGCCAGAGUCUCGGAGGUACCACCAGCCAAACUAUGACAGAACUGCUCAGCUUCGAAGCGGAUCGCAGAACCAUCAACAUCACCAUCAACUCGUUCGGCACAUCCCUCUCCAAAGAGGACCGUGCGCGCCUCUUCCCCAACAUCGGCCGACUCUUCCCCGCCGGGAACAAUGUCCUCGCCAAAGCCGACGAGCUGGAUCAGGUCAAAGCCGUGUGCGACAACGUCCCCGAGUACCGCUCCUUCUUCGACUCGUCCGCGUCCUCCGCAGGUGGCAACCCAUCCUCUUCGGGAGGAGGAGAGGCGAACGCAGACAUGUUGGAAGACAAGAUGUUCAAGCUCGAGGUCCAGCUCAACCGCAUCCUCACCAUCACGCAGUUCCAGUUCGGCGUGUUUUACGCCUGGUUGAAGUUGAAGGAGCAGGAGAUCAGGAGUAUCACUUGGAUCGCAGAGUGUAUCGCUCAGAACGCGAGGGAUAGGAUCUCGGAUUUCAUCCCACCGCUUUGA